AUAAGUAUUCUCAUAUCCCCAUUGUAUUGACAACAUAACACAAUGAUACAAGAGUGAAUGCAUUUUUCACAACUCAGUUGUUUGCAAAAACGUAGCAAUAAUAAACAGAUAAGCAUCCUAUAAAUCAUACCAGCCAUGGCUCUGUCGGACGUGGGAAGCUUACUGCAGGGUUUCAUUCUAUCGCACGGUGGACUCAAACUUCUAAAGGAGCGAAAUUGCAUCGUCCGGCUGGACAACAACCCUACCGAUGGAAAAGUGAAACUUAUAUCCGGAGGCGGUAGUGGCCACGAGCCAGCCCAUGCCGGCUACGUGGGCGAAGGAAUGCUAGCGGGUGCCGUGUGUGGAAAUGUGUUCAGCUCACCUUCGGUCACGGCGAUUUUGGAUUGCCUGAGAGCGGUCACUGACAAGGAUGGCAGCAUUAUCUUCAUUGUGAAGAACUACACGGGCGACCGGCUGAACUUUGGCAUUGCUGUAGAGCUGGCGCGGGCCACAUAUGGAUUCCGUGAUGUGCGGAUGCUGCUGGUAGGAGAGGAUUGUUCGAUUGAUGCUGAUAAUGUGAGAAAGUCCGUUGGGAAGCGGGGGCUGGCCGGUGUUGUGUUGGUGCAUAAGAUAUUAGGUGCGAUGGCGGCAAGUGGAAUGUCAAUCGAUGAAGUCUAUAAGUUCGGCGAGGGGUUGAUCGCUGGUGGAAAUUUAGCAACAAUUGGUUUCACAUUUCAGUUGAAUAAUGAAGUGUUGGAGAAUAUAGAAAUUGGGAAAGGCAUCCAUGGUGAACCUGGAGUUUACAAAAUGCAAGCAAGCAACAAUUUUGAUCAAAUCAAUGAUUUCAUAAUUAGUAAGCUGAUAGCUAGUGUAGAUAAGUCCUCGGAGGUAGUACUGUUGAUAAACAACCUUGGAGGUACAUCACAACUUCUGCUGGGAGUUUUUAUGGAAUCUUUCCUGAAGAAAAUUGAACCAGUCUAUGCUGUAAAACGGAUUUACAGCGGAGCAUAUUUAACUUCGCUUGAUCAAGCAGGAAUUUCGGUAACUGUCCUAAAUAUGAGCUACUCCCCGAAGCUGCUUGAGUACCUGGAUUACGAAGUCACGAUUCCUUCAACGCUUUUCAGAUCAAGAUCUAGAUUUAAUCAGCCGCCAUCAACAGUUGUUAAAGUAGCAGCAUUAGCCCCGUUAGAAAUCCAACUCGAAACCUCAAAUGCUUGUGCGGUUAGUUCCGAAUUUGGCGCCAAACUUGCGCAAACUAUCGUACAUUUCAUUUGCGAGGCUCUGAUUUCCUGUACCGGCAUGCUGAACACAAUCGAUAAGGAAACUGGUGAUGGUGAUACUGGGAGUACUAUUUCCAAAGGAGUCGAAUCAGUUCUAAAACAAUUGAAAACCAAAAAACUCGAUUUGAUCCACCCAGGUAUUCUGCUACAACAGAUUAGUGUUCUUUUACAGCAGGAUAUGGGAGGAUCAUCCGGUGCUCUUUAUAGUUUGUUCCUCCAGGGAGGUGCCGCCAUAUUUAUGAACCCAACCGCAGACCGUCAAUCGGUAAGUAUCCAGCACUGGGUCCAAGCUCUUAAUAAUGCAAAUGACACAAUCGUCAAGUACGCCUUCACCCAACUCGGAGAUCGUACAAUGCUGGAUCCCUUACGGGAAGGUGAACGUCGAUUGAGGGAAUCCAUCGCCGAGGGAUUACCGAUUCUCGACUGCGUGGAAAGCUUUACCAAAGGUUGCGAAGAAGGAGCUCGUGCUACCCAGCACAUGGUGCCAAAGUCGGGCCGGGCUGCCUAUGCUGCUUCGUCGGAAGCUUCGCAAUCUUACAAUUAUGCUGACCCGGGAGCACAUGCAGUAUCCAUUUGGGCGAGAGCUUUACUGGAAGCGUGCAAGCAAGUGAUGGUUGAAUAAGUGAUCUUUAUUGAUCAGAAUUAGAAUUGUAAGCACAAUUACUUGGUGUGCUUUUUUAUAAAAGUACCUGAUUUAUGAAAUAUAUUUUUACACAGUAAAUGUUCAGAUCAACAAAUGUAACACUCAAAUCAUUUGAUGUUCGGAGUCAUUAAUAUCGCGAAAAAGGGGAAAAUGAAAAACAAAAUAAUGAAUAAUAAUAAACAUGGAAAUCAUCUAAUUUCUUGGAUGGAAUUUAAGUCACCUAACACCUAAAUG